GGGAGCUAUUAUUACUGUGGCUGUGCUUUCCUCAGAGAAGCUCAGGCUGAAAUCCCUCUUAGGGAACCCGCGUCCCCUAAAUGACUCGUCUUCCCUGGGCCCUGACGUGGGGGACGCCCGGAGCUUGGGCCCAGUCUCCAGCACCACCCGCCGCGGAGUCAAGAAUAGAAACCUCUGCCUCUGGCUUCCCGCGGCCUCCCUCCCUCCCUCCCCGGCAGUGAUCGAUGCGGCCUCAGCUGGGGGCAGGAGGAAGACGAGAAGUACGGCCCAGCCCAGGGCCUCCCGUGGCAGCGAGCCUCCGCGGGUCGGAGGGGACACAGAGGAGCCAGGAGCGGCCAGUGUCUCCCCAGCCUCGGCGCCUUCGGGGACAGACGCCCCGGCGGGCUUCCUGGAGGAGCUGGGACAGAGAAGAGCCAAAGACCAGAGUGCGAGGAGACUGGCCCAAGGUCACACAAGUGACAGAGCUAAAGACACAACCCCGACCUACUUAACACCAAGCACAGGCGAGCGCACUGAAGCCAUGGUGAGCGAGUCCCCGGGGCCUGGUGGCCGUGUCCCUUGGCGGCGAAGCGACGAGGUGCUGCGCGUGAACGUGGGCGGCGUGCGGCGGCGGCUCAGCGCACGCGCCGUGGCGCGCUUCCCGGGCAUGCGGCUGGGCCGCCUGCAGGCAGCGGCGUCCGAGGAGCAGGCGCGGCGCCUGUGCGACGACUACGACGCUGCGGCGCGCGAGUUCUACUUCGACAGGCACCCGGGCUUCUUCCUGGGCCUGCUGCACUUCUACCGCACGGGCCGCCUGCACGUGCUCGACGAGCUGUGCGUCUUCGCCUUCGGCCAGGAGGCCGACUACUGGGGCCUGGGCGAGAGCGCGCUGGCCACGUGCUGCCGCGCGCGCUACCUGGAGCGGCGGGUGACGCGGCCGCGCGCUUGGGACGAGGACAGCGACGCGCCGAGCAGCACGGACCCGUGCCCCGACGAGAUCUCCGACGUGCAGCGCGAGCUGGCGCGCUACAGUGGUGCGCGCUGCGGCCGCCUGCGCCGCCGCCUCUGGCUCACUAUGGAGAACCCGGGGUACUCGCUGCCCAGCAAGCUCUUCAGCUGCGUCUCCAUCGGCGUGGUGCUCGCCUCCAUCGCCGCCAUGUGCAUCCACAGCCUGCCCGAGUACCAGGCCCACGAGGCGGCUGCCGCCGUGGCUGCAGUGGCCGCUGGCCGCAGCGCGGCAGGCAUGCGGGACGACCCGGUGCUGAGGCACUUGGAGUACUUCUGUAUCGCCUGGUUCAGCUUCGAGGUAUCAUCGCGCCUCCUGCUGGCACCCAGCACGCGCAACUUCUUUUGCCACCCUCUCAACCUCAUUGACAUCGUGUCGGUACUGCCCUUCUACCUCACGCUGCUGGCAGGCAUGGCGCUCGGCGACCGGGUCGGCACAGGUGGCGAGGAGCUUGGCGACCUGGGCAAAGUGGUACAAGUGUUCCGCCUCAUGCGCAUCUUCCGCGUCCUCAAGCUGGCGCGCCACUCCACCGGCCUACGCUCGCUGGGCGCCACACUCAAGCACAGCUACCGUGAGGUGGGCAUCUUACUGCUGUACCUGGCCGUGGGUGUGUCUGUGUUCUCUGGCGUGGCCUACACAGCUGAGAAGGAAAAGGACGUGGGCUUUGACACCAUCCCGGCCUGCUGGUGGUGGGGUACAGUGAGCAUGACCACCGUGGGCUACGGAGACGUAGUGCCGGUGACAGUGACUGGCAAGCUGGCGGCCUCAGGCUGCAUCCUGGGGGGCAUCCUGGUGGUAGCGCUCCCCAUCACCAUCAUCUUCAACAAGUUCUCCCACUUCUACCGAUGCCAGAAGGCUCUGGAGGCCGCCGUGCGCAACAGCCACCACCGGGAGUUUGAGGACUUGCUGAGCAGCAUUGAUGGGGUGUCAGAGUCAUCUCUGGAGACAUCCCGUGAGACCUCCCAGGAGGCAAGGUCUGCAGACCUGGAGUCCCAGGACCCCAGUAGGCCUCCAAGCUCUCAGAUUUAUUAAAACCAAGGCUCCAGGUCCACCUUCCCACAUCCGUACAGUCAGCUGAUGCAGAGCAGAGAUGCCUCCCCUGCUUACGUUCUUCAUGGCAGCAUGGCCUCAGGAUGGCUCACCGGGGCCUGAGAAGUGGCACCCCGAGGCUAAGUGCCUUCCUCCAAAGACUCAGCACCAGGAUAGUGUUACCCUAGAUUCUGUGAGCCUGGAGAGCAACCCAGAGACCUUUAUAAACAAACCUCCCACCCAUCCAUGAGGCAGGCAUGAGCCAGAGAAGUCUGAAGGAUACUAGCAAUUGUCUAUUAGCCAGAUCACAUCUGGCCCUGUGUUGGAGGAUGAGAAUUAUCCCCUUUUCACAGAUAAGGAAACUGAAGCUCAGUGAGGUACAAUGAUUUGCCCACACAACUAGAAGUGGUGAGGCCAAGUUUGGAAUCCAGGUUUGUUGGUCUGCCAAGAUCUAUGUUCCAGAGUUUGCGUGUGGUUUUAGAGGAUUUGUGGAUCCCCAGAUUGACCCAGAGGGUUAGAAUCCUCUGCCAGAGCUAGGGAAAGGACUGGGCGGUGGAUCAGAUGUAAGAGGCCUGGACCCCCGUGGUCUUUUCCAGCAGAUUCCAACAAGAGUCAGCUCUCAAAGAUGAGGUCUGAGGGGAAGGAUGAGGGCUCUGCCUCCUUCGCUGAUGUGCAAGAUUUGCCUCCUCCCAGGGCUGGCUAGAGACACAGAGAAUCAGAGAGGCCCUGGCCUGUGGCCUGAGGUCUAGACCCAGAUAAGCUAGGGCCUGAUGUGUGAAGUGGGCAGGUCCCUGCCCCAUCUCUGGAUUUCAGCCCAUCUGUAAAAUGGCCACAGUCUGUGCCCCAGGGGAAGAUGAAAGACAAAUGGGGCAGGGGAGGCACUGGUGAAAGCCAGCUAGGCUCUGAAAUAUUGGUGGCAAGGAGCUGCCAUGCAUGGACACCUGUGCCCCCUGCAUCCCCUCAAUAUGACCUUGGCAGUUUCCUUCUGUCCACCAUGCAGACCUCCAACCCUGCUUUGAGUUACUGUCCACGCAAAACCUUGAGACUCCUGUCCCUUUUGGCCAGCUCCAGCCCCUUCAUCCUUGCUGGGGACAUGCCUAUCCUAUUCACCUGCUGAAUCCUCUCUCUACUUGCUGAGAAAGUUGGGAGCGAAGGGUCCCCUUACAUACACUGUUGCUAGAAUG